AUGCCCUAUAUUGCUGAUACUCCUUCUGAAUCCUCGAUAGCAUCUGCGCACGAUAUAAAGGAAGAAAGAAGGAGGUUACACCAUGACGCCGAUGUCGUCGUCGUGGGUGCCGGUGUGCUUGGAUCAGCAAUCUCGGUAGCACUAGCAGAUCAAGGAAGGAGUGUGAUACUACUCGAAAAGUCGCUGAAAGAGCCAGACAGAAUCGUCGGAGAACUUCUCCAGCCUGGCGGUGUGGAAGCACUCGGAAAGCUGGGCCUUCAAGAUUGCCUGGAAGACAUCGAUGCUAUACCCGUCAAGGGCUAUGGCGUUUUCUAUCACAACCAACCGGUCGAGAUACCAUACCCAAAUAAUGCAGUCGACCGGACUGGAACCCAGCAGGAACCCAUGCGAGCUGAAGGAAGAUCUUUCCACCAUGGCAGAUUUAUCUCCAAGUUAAGAGCUGCUGCGCUAUCACAUCCUAACAUCACGGUCUUCGAGACCGAAGUCACCGACAUGAUCACAUCACAAUCCGAAAUUAGCACGACAAUAAUAGGUGUCCAAAGCCUGACGAAAAAGAUCCAGAAGGACUAUUUCUUCGCCUCCUUGACUAUCGUCGCCGAUGGAUAUAAUAGCAAGUUCAGGAAACUAUACUCAAGCAACACCCCAGUGUCCAAGUCGAAGUUUUGGGGUCUCGAGCUUCAGCACGAGGAUUGCCCUCUACCGAUGCCAAAUCAUGGUCACGUCAUAUUAUCUGACAAUGCUCCCCUUCUGCUGUACCAAAUCGGCUCCCAUGAGACACGAGCUCUUGUUGACAUCCCUGAAAACACGCCCACGACUUCGAUAGCUCAAGGUGGUGUAAAAGCACACCUAUCCAGCAUGGUACUCCCAACACUACCUGCGUCAGUAAGACCCGCAUUCGAGAGCGCCAUCGAAAAAGGCCAGCUGAGGUCAAUGCCCAAUUCUUUCCUUCCACCAGCCACAAACCGCACACCAGGGCUAGCACUGCUCGGCGAUGCACUCAAUAUGCGACAUCCACUAACAGGCGGUGGUAUGACAGUCGCGUUGAAUGACGUUGUCCUUAUCAAAUCGUUGCUCGAUCCACAGAUUGUGCCUGAUCUCGAUAACACACCUCUUGUCCUUGGCCAACUGCGUCGCUUCCACUGGCAGCGCAAAAACCUCACGGCAGUCAUUAACAUCCUCGCGCAAGCACUGUACUCUUUGUUCGCGGCCAACGAUCCACAGCUGAGGUAUCUACAAAAGGGCUGCUUCAGGUAUUUCCAGCUAGGCGGUAACUGCAUCGAUGGACCAGUAGGCUUACUCGCAGGUAUCAUUCGACAGCCUCUCGUCUUAUUCUACCACUUUUUUGCUGUGGCAUUCUUGAGCAUUUGGGUUAUGAUGUGCGAGAAAGGUGUUUUGAGUGCAUUAACUGGUUGGAGCGCUUUGCAAGGGUUUCUUAUCUUUUAUAAAGCUUGUGUGGUAUUAUUCCCGUACAUAUGGGCGGAGCUGAGGAGUUAA